UAAGCCCAUGUGUUGUGUACUAUAAAAUAGUCUUUUGUUCAAACCGGUAAUAAGCCAAUAAGCUAGCCAGACUGCGUUUUCUCUUUCUUAUGCUCUUUCAUUAUUAACACUGCGCCGCUUCUCCUUGGACUUUAUUACCGCUGCUCCGAUGGCCGCCGCAGCUCCUUCUUCCUCGUUGCUUGGUGUCUUGAUACUCUUAGCUUCCAUUGGCUACGCCGCCGCUUGCUAUUCGGCCGUUUUCGGCUUCGGCGAUUCCCUCACGGAUGCCGGAAACCUAAUCCGCCUUGAGCCUGACGGCACCGUCCCCCACAUGUACUUCCCGCCCUACGGCGAAACCUACUUCGACAAGCCCACCGGACGCUGCUCCGACGGCCGCCUCAUCGUCGAUUUAAUCGCUCAGCAUUACGGGCUUCCGCUACCCCCGCCUUCGAUCCCGGCCAGUUUGGAAGGCGACAAAAACCGCCUCCGUGCCGGAGUCAACUUCGCGGUGGUCGGAUCACGUGCGCUCGACGCGCAAUUCUACGAGCAGAGAGACAUUUUCGACACUGUCACCAACGUUUCCAUGACAGAUCAGUUGAAUUGGUUCAAGGAAUUGCUCCCAUCUCUGUGCUCAUCGCCUCACGACUGCAAGGAGCUAUUGGAUGGGUCAUUGUUUGUACUGGGAGAAUUUGGAGGCAACGAUUACACGCACUCGCUUCUAUCCGGAAAAGGUAUUAAUGUCAUCCGACCGUUCAUUCCAAUCGUCACCCGCGCAAUUGCUCAGGCUGUCCAUGAACUAGUGGAGCUAGGUGCGAGGACAGUAAUGAUCCCCAGCGUGUUACCACUUGGAUGUGCAGCCUCGUACUUGACAUACUACCCAAGUCCCAACCCAGAUGACUACGAUGAACUAGGUUGUCUUAUUUGGGUUAACGAAAUGGCUUCUUACCACAACCAACUCCUCCAGCAACAACUCGCCAACGUAAGAGAAAUUCAUCCCUAUGCCAAUAUCGUCUUUGCCGAUAUUUACAAUGCCGCUAUGGAGGUUUACCAGGGUCCCGAUACUUAUGGGUUUUCAGGGGGAGCUCUGAGAGCAUGCUGUGGCGGCGGAGGUCCGUACAACUUCAACACCUCCGCACAGUGCGGUAACGAGGGAGCAACCGCCUGUGACAACCCUUCCUCGUAUGUUAACUGGGACGGUUAUCACUUAACGGAGGCUGCCUAUCAACUUAUUACCACCGGUUUAUUAGAGGGUCCGUAUACCUAUCCUCGGAUGAAAAGUUUGUGUCGCUUUGACUCUAGCAAAACAUCUCGAGUUGCCCAAAUUUAAUUGAAACGACAUUCAUAAAAAAUGAUGCAGAUUAACGAUUCAUUGUUAGAUGAGAUGCAUAGAUGAAAUUCGUGUUUGUAUAAUAUGUUACUAUUCCUUCCUCCUUAAUUGCUCUCUGACGUGGCAAAAGGUCGUGUACUCGUGUAAUAUAUAUGUUUUUAAAAAUAGUAAUGCUACAUAACCGUUUUGAAUUGUGGAUCUACCACGUUAGAGAGUGGAGUGUGAAAAGGAGGGAAAUUAAAAUAUCAAUUUUGUUCUGUGGUUCUAGUGAAAGGAAGUGUCUUUUUUAUUUUAACUUUUAGGAUUUGAGUUUGGGUUUGGGCUUUUGAACUGUUGUGUACAUUGGGGAAGUUAAAUGAGCCUUUAAUUUCUGUUGA